AUGUUUCUACUCCUCUACUGGCUGCGGAGGACUAUUACUUCUGCUGAGCUCGGGGCGUGGAGGGCUGUUUCUGCCACGCUUCAGUUUCACUACAACGGUGAGGGUCUGUCCAGCAGCUCUCCUCAUGAACUCUGGAAAACAGUGUUAAGUCCUGCUCCUAGUUCCCCGCUGAGCAAUCACUGUGCCAACGGGGAGUACAAGCAUAACCUGAAUGCUAAUCAUAUCACACAUUCGAAAGCAAAGGCUCAAAGUGUGCCUGCUGUCCUCCCUGUGUUUGAACUGCUUUGCCACUCUGUGUUCGUGUUUGAACCAACCUGGUUGCCUUCAUUCCUAGCGCUUUCCCAGAAGCAGCAGGGGUCGGCGGGGUUAGCUCUGAGCCUGGCCACCUCAUCCUGGGGGUUUCCUAGCAGCAGAGUAUCCGAAAAUGGUGAGAAAAAUGUGCCACUGUACAAACGUGCUUUGGCCGUGGUCUCGAGCCUCAACUUGGACAGAGAGCAGAGCCAGGACUUGGAAGUGGAGAUACUACUGGUGAGUGGGCGGCCCAAUGCCAUCCUUCAAGCACUGCGAAUUCUUAUGGUCAGACAACAGUGGGAUAAGGUCACUGAGGUGGCUAAGAAUUUCUGCAAACAAAGUCCACUGCUGAACAAGGAAAUAUUCAGUGCAUUACUUUGUGAAGUGGCGCAACACAGAGAACUGGAUCCUUACCUGGAGCUGCUGUGGUCACUGUGUCCUGAAGACAUCACUGUGACUAAUAUUCUCAACAUAGUUCUAAAAAAUCUGCCCUCUCAAAAAGCAAAUUCAUCCUCAGCUUUCCCCCUAUCCACUACAGCCUCGUCUUCCCCGCCACCAUUUGCAGACCCCCGGAGCAGCCAGCUGACCAUCGGGCUGCUCAAACCUCUGCUUCGAAAAGUACUGGAAAGAGAGACUAAAAGUAACCAGGGCUAUGUGGACAUCCUCCAGUCGCCAUCGUACCCCCCUCCUGCCCUCCCCCGGCUGCCCCUGGAGCGCUCAGAGUCCGAUCAGGGCAUCACCUCCGCUGGUGUCAAUGAAUCACAGGAACAACCACCGGUGUUGGAUAAAUCAUGA